UAAAUAAUCUAUUGCGUUUUUUCCUUGAUAAAUGAUACGAUGAUAAUUCUUCCCACAAUGUUAGCCGCGUUUUCCCCCGAACUACUAAGAAGUGGUCUACGUCACAAUGUGCAUGAGUUAAACUCCAACUGUCCAUAAUACCCCAAGUACACCUCUAAAAUUCCGUUGUUUCGAACUGGCUUUCAAUACCGAGGAAGAAAAAGAGGGAAUUAUUUCCCUACGAUGAACAAUACGGUGGAAGAAGGAUCUGGGGAGCAUGAAAAAGGGGAAAAAUAUGAAAAAUAUAACAUCGUGGAGCUAUGACAUAUGGUCAGAAUUCUGUGAGAGCUUUAAAUACUAAAUGAUGUGAGGGAACAAUUCACCAUGUCUAUUCACAUCAUUCUUUUACUCGCAAUCGAAGAGUCACCACCAAUGGCACUGUUAAAAGAGAAUUUUCUUUCACUGCACUAUUUCGGUAUAUGGCCGUCAGUUGAUUGGCGACCUAGAACUUGGAAACCCAUCGUUUACUCGCUUUACACCUGUUACAUAAUUUUCAGCAUCUAUUGGUUUACAAUUUCCGGAUCUGUUUAUUUACUUCUCAUAAGUGAUGAUAUUGAGGAUUUUUCUGACACAUCAUUCAUGUUAUUAUCAAUGCUGGCCAUAUGCGCUAAAGUGAUUAUUGCUAUUUCGAAGAGAUCAGAGAUUAUCGAUGUUCUUACGGCGUUAGAAAAUCAUCCCCAUAAACCGGUGAAUCUGGAAACCCAGUUGUUACAGGAUAGAGCGGAUGGGCGGAUCAGGUUUUAUACAAUUGGUUACGGUGGAAUCACAGAGGUUACGGUAUGUUACGGAACCAUCGCUCCGUUCUUCCAGAACAUACCUUAUGGAUUCCUUCCAUACAAAGCAUGGACUCCUUAUAAUUACUCAAGCCCAGCCAUAUACUGGUGCACCUAUUGUCAGCAGCUAAUCAGUGUUUUUUUCGCUGCAAAUCUCAAUAUCGGGUUUGAUACCAUCAUUUUUGGUAUUCUCAUACAAAUAUGCACUCAAUUUAACAUGUUGAAGUGCCGAUUAAGGAUGAUGAUUGAGGAAUUUGAUGCGAAGCAGAUUAUGAUGAAGAGCGUUGGUGAUCCGAUGAUACUGCGAACUUAUGAAAAAUACAUGAGCGAUUAUAUCAAAUAUCAUAUCGCAAUAUUUAGAAUAUCAGAAAAAAUAAAUUCUCUUUUCAACAGCAUUAUUUUCGUCCAAUACUCUGCUUCCGUCAUAAUUAUAUGCGUCAGCGUCUUGCUGGCAUCACAAAUGCCCGUGUCCUCACCGAAAUUCAUGACUGUUGCCAUGUAUGUAGCAUGUAUGUUACUUCAAAUUUUCAUGUUCUGCGCAGCUGGAAAUGAAGCUACACUAGAAUGCGAAAGCUUAAUAACUGCAAUCUACAAUACCAAGUGGUAUCUGCUAACCCCUUCCAUGAAAAAAUGUUUGGGCCUCAUGAUGCUCCGUACGCUGAGGCCAAUUAUCUUUGUGAGCAAUCAUAUCGUCGUUCUAUCGCUGGAAUCUUUUUGCAUUGUGCGCUUAUCACUACUUAGAAACGAUAAUUACUUUUACAAAUCAACCAAACCACGUCAGCUACUGUUAUCCCAUUCCUACAACUCCAACCAAGGGAUUGACAUGGCUCUACUACGGGAAAGCUUUUUAUCCCUCCAGUACUGCGGCAUUUGGCCGCCACUUCAUUUGGACUCUGGGAGCUGGCAGUAUCGGGCUUAUUUCCUGUACACGAUUUACGUUGGGGCUGUUAUGUAUUGGUUCACAUUAUCAGAACUGAUUAAUUUACUUUUUACUCCAGACGACGUUCAGGAUUUUUCUGAUAACUGUUUCAUGUUGCUAACAACAGCAGCAGUGUGUGCAAAAAUCUUCAUAAUUUUGAAGAAACGAUCGGAGAUUAGAGAUGUUCCUGUAGCUCUUGAGAGCUAUCCGCAUAAGCCGAUGAAUGUAGAAGAACAGAAGAUUCAGGAUGAGUAUGAUGGACACGUCAGAUUUCUUACCCUCUUUUAUGGUGUGGCUACAGAAAUAACCGUAUGGGGUAUGACAAUCUUCACAUUCUUUCAAGAGAUACCUUUUGGAGUUCUGCCUUACAAGGCCUGGAUACCCUACGAUUACUCGGAGCCUAGUGUGUACUGGUUCACUUAUUAUCAACAAUUACUGAGUGUUCUCUUUGCUGCUCAUCUCAACAUUGGCUUUGACACAAUUUUUCCGGGAUUUAUGCUGCAGAUUUGCGCCCAGUUCAAUAUUUUGAAAUGCAGAUUACAUCGAAUUGUUAAUCACUUCGAUGAUGUUCAAUGUUUGAAGGGAAAAUCUAGUGACACUUUGGAACUUUAUGAGAAUCAUCUCAUCGACUGCAUCAAGUAUCAUCGUGAUAUAUUUGAACUGGCGGAUAAAAUUAAUUCUAUCUUCACGAGCAUUAUCUUUGUUCAAUACUCUGCGAGUUUGAUAAUUAUAUGCGUCAGUGUACUGCUUAUUUCGCAAAUGCCAGUAUUUUCGCCAAAAUUUUUUGCACUCUUCCUGUAUCUCUCGUGCAUGCUCUUGCAGAUCUUCAUGUUUUGUGCUACUGGAAAUGAGGCCACGGUGCAAUGUCAGGGUAUGAUAAAUGCUAUUAGUGGCACAAAAUGGUACUUUUUGAGAAGUCAUAUCCAGAAAUACCUCGUUCUCAUGAUGGUCCGAACAUUAAGACCUGUUAGGUUUGUCAGUGGAUACAUCAUGGUUCUCUCCCUGGAUUCUUUCUGCGUUCUUGUCAAAAUGUCUUACUCCACCUAUACAGUACUCCAAAGAUCUUCGAGUUGAUUAUCUCCAAAAUACUGAAGCAUGAAAAUACUGUAUCAAUACUACUUUGUUUAUGAAGUCGAAACGUUUUAGAAAUGAGAUUGAAAACUUGUGCAACGAACGCCCGAGCGAUACAUAUUUCUCCCUCUUACCUAGAAAUAGCCAUCGAUACCUUAUUUUCAAUUCCCCCCUCGUUCAAACGAAAUACUUUCCCCUGUCGAUGUAUCCAGAGGUAAUUGUCCCUUUCGUGGAUCAGCUAAAAUGAAUAAAUGAUAAAGUA